CGUCAGUCGGCCGCUCGGGGUGAGGUCGGCGGCUGCGCGCGAGUCAGGCAGCUGUGAGCUGGGCGUGGUGCCGGCACCGCUCUCUCAGCUGCCCGCCGACGAGUGGUGAGCACGGCCGGGCGCGCUCCCUCCCCGGCGGACGCCCCGCCGCCGCCCCGCCAUGUCGGGCCCGCACUACCCGAUGGGUGAGAUGCCCACCGGCCAGCAGAUCGGCUGGCAGGCCACCAGCGCCGACUCGAGCGGCCAGGACAGCUCCCAGCGACAGGUCAAGGGUCAGCUGGUACCCACGGCGCCGCCGCUCGACUCGAUCGGUGACCUGCCCGGCUACGAGGGCACCAACUUCGACGGAGGCUUCCUCCCCCCGCCGCCGCCCUACGAGCCGCCAUCGGGGGGCGGUGACCAGGGCCCGGUCUCUUACAACCAGGAGGCCCUCACCGACAACGAGGCACGCGCCUGUCUCAACCAGCUCGUCUCGGAAAACUGCUGCUGGGGAAAGGGGCCGGCCAAUGACAUGAAAAUCGUCAACAUAGCUCCGUCGUCGGCAUUCAAGUACACCCUGGACACGUUCACGGAGGCGCGAGAGACCAAGUGGCAGUACGAGCCGUCGGACGGCGCGGCGCUGGCGGCCACCGGCCUCCAGCCGCCCCUGCCCUGGGACGUACCCGUAGCGCCUCAGAAAAUGUUCAAGGACGGUUCCCAGAAGGUGGAGGUGCCCAACACUCAGGUGGUGAAGCCCUGCCACGACUGCCGCGGACACGGCGAUAUCCGCUGCGGUGACUGUGACGGCCGCGGACACGAGACCUGCAGCAGUUGCUCGGGUACCGGGACGCGCAUUGGUGACGAACAGUGCACCUGGUGCGACGGCCGCGGCACCAAGCCGUGCACCUGGUGUCACACCACCGGCAUGAAGACGUGCUCCACGUGCGACGGGCGCCGCUACCUGCGCUGCUACGUGGAGCUCACCGUCACCUGGAAGAAGCACGACGACACGUUCGUGCUGGAGAAGACGGCGCUGCCCGACAAGCUGGUGAAGUCGGCCAGCGGUCAGGUGGCCUUCAGCGACGAGCAGCCCCGAGUGGCACCGGUGGCCGGCUUCCUGGACCCCCAGAUCGGACAGGCCUCGCAGGACCUGGUCCACAAGCACGCCACCAAGUGGCCCAACGAGCGGAUCCUCAUGCAGCGUCAUUCUGUGGAGAUUGUCCCCGUAAACGCGGUGGAAUACAUUCUGGACGGAAAGGAGGGCGUCUUCCACAUCUACGGCAACGAGAACAAGGUCCACUUCCCGGACUACCCGUCCCAGUGUUGCGGUUGCUGCGUGCUGAUGUAACGGCGUCGGAGAUCGCUCCGAGCCGCCUCCCAUACCAUCACACGGCGAGCGGCGGAAGGAUAAACACCAUAACAACAGCGCGUGUUGCAGCGAUGAGGGACGGCCCAGCCGGGCGGAAUGACGGUCUACCAGGGCUGAGUCAGAGCGUGAGAACACAGAGACUCGAGACAGGACAACGUGGCUUGAGCGGCAGAGGAAGGCGGUGCGUUUCUGUUCAGUGUCCCUAAACUGUCUGUGGGUAGGGAGUGUGCGCUCGUGCGGCUUUCACAGGGUGUGUGAGUCCAGGACAGAGACCGGGAUCGGUCGGACUGCAGAGCCAGCCGCUCGGCUCGUAAUGACUCGGUCAACUGCAAAGUGAUCCAUCACAGGGCUGGUAUAAACGCUGGUGACGCAGGAUCGCCCGGCAACGGAGGGGUGGGGACUGGGGAGGGUGGCCGCGGUACCGGAGGUGUGAAGAACACGCGGCACGCUCUGCGUGGUGUUAUAACGCGGCUGAUGCCCUUGCUUGUAAUUGUGCCGUGAGGGAGAAACUGGGGUGGGGUUGUUUGGGACAUUGACGUCUGUUGGAAAUCGGUACGGGGAGAAAAUUUUGAUAGCCAUUUUCCAGAAUCAUUCGGGAUAUUUUGAUGAAGACGUCCUUUACCCCCAUUUUCUACUCUUGAAUACUAGUCCCAUUUGAGUCAUUACAAUGACUUUUUCAAUCUUAAUCAGCUUUUAUACGAGGCUAAAUAGCUGCCAAGAUUGAGAUGGAUGUUAUAUUUUACUAUUUUUGCAAACAACACCCGAAAUCGUGGGUAAAGCCGGUAUUUGUGGCAAGUACUACAAUGGAAUUGAGCUCGAAUGCUCAGUGGACUGAUCCAGAUUGCUGACGCAUUUCUCGCCUACUGGCUACUGGUGAGGUGAGGCGAAGUCUGCCAAUUCAAUUUUAGAACCAUUAUAUGUCUGACUUAGCAAAGAAUGCCUCGCAGCACCUUGCCAGAACUUCUCGUAAUUUAACGUUGUACAGUGUACACUAUGAAGUGUCGCAAUUACCUGUCAACAAUUAUGCUAGCUUUGAGCCGAACUCGGGCAAAUAAUUACGAUCCAUUACAUUGUUGGAUCACUUGGACAUCUUCUUGGAAAAAGAACCGUGCACUUCUCCUCGUGUUUUAUGGCUGAUGUGACACAUAGCAGUUUUGUUUGCCGAGCUAUGUGACUAUGCAAGCAUACAGUGCAUGUCAUGUGGCUACCGCUGUCAGGUUGUGAGUUCUUAGCUGCCUCGCUGUUUUUGUGUGUGUUUAGAUUCUACAGCAUCGCACAUAAUCUCUUGCAUCUUAAUGGAGAAAUGGAUACUACACUAGGUCCUGAUGGAG